CCGAUAGCCGCAGCUACGCCCAUGCGCUUAUGCCUGUUGUUUCGUUAUGCAAAGGAACGCUACAGCUUUACAGAAGUGAUUUGAAAUAAAAGCUGUUGACGUGCGACUGGAGGUGAUAAUUUCCGAGCUGGACUAAUUAGAAUACGAGGAAGGUCUGCGGCCCGUGAAUCACUCACUUUUGUCUCCAUCAAUCCCGCCAGUCAGCCACUGAGCAGCCGGCAUGGAGAUGAGUGCCGCCAUGUUUGCGCGUGUAUCCUUCUACCCCACCCUCCUGUACAAUGUCCUGAUGGAGAAAGCGUCCGCCAGAAAUUGGUACGAUCGUAUUGACGAGCACGUUAUACUGGGAGCCCUGCCCUUUCGCAGCCAGGCCAAUGACCUCAUUGCCAAAGAGAACAUGAAGGCGGUAGUGUCGAUGAACGAGGACUACGAGCUGACCGCCUUCUCCAACAACACGGAGAAGUGGAGCAAGUUGGGCAUUGAGUUCCUGCAGCUAGCCACCACCGAUAUUUUUGAGUCACCCAACCAGGAAAAAUUAUUCCGCGGUGUGGAGUUUAUGAACAAGUUCCUGCCCCUAAAACAGAGGAUUGGCGGUCUGAGUUCCUCUCACUUGCCGGAGAACGUGGGCUCUGUCUAUGUACACUGCAAGGCAGGCAGGACGCGAAGUGCCACUUUGGUGGGCUGUUACCUUAUGAUGAAAAACGGAUGGACGCCGGAUCAGGCCGUGGACCACAUGCGCCAGUGUCGGCCACACAUUCUGCUGCACACCAAACAAUGGGAUGCCCUCCGGUUGUUCUACACAAACAAUGUGCAGGCCAAGUCAUGACGAAAACCCGGACAAUAGCCAAAAUUUAUUGCUGACAAUAUAUUACCAUACGUAACAAAAGGUGGUGCUGCCUGUUACCCAACUAUUUUAGUGCUGAUUUUCUUGUUGAAUAUACAAUUUUCUACAAACACGAAAA